AUGAAGCUGUGGCGAACAAUUCAUAUCCUUCUGUUUGCCCUUGUGGCCAAGGGACAGAAUGACAGCCUGGGUCUCAGCCGCGGGUACACGUCGCUCUCAACAGCCAGCUUCGACAUUAAACUAGUCAAGGAUUCCCAAAUUCUGGCUUCACUGAAACCCACCGGUGAUGCUUAUGAUUUCUUGCCAUUCGACGACAUCACCUACAGAGCAGCCAAUGGCCAAUACCAUAACGGCGACAUCACCUUCCGCUACCGUGUUCCUGGAUCCACGGAGUGGCGUUCAGCCGACUCAUCGACCGCGAGAAAACAGGUGAUGAGCGUCAAAUCGAAUGGUCUUGCCGCUGCCGACCUCUCCCCCACGCUGCCAGCAGAUUCACCGAUCCGCGUGGUCCGAGAAUGGUCCGACGUUGAUGGCGACUUGGGCCUCGCCUUCACUCUGACAAACACGGGAACCCAAAGCCUGGAGAUCGGUAGUCUGGGCUUUCCCACGGAAUUCAACAGUAUCUUCACGAGUCGCACUGCAGAAGAUAUGGCCGCAAACUGCUCUCUCACUGACCCUUACAUUGGGAUGGAUGCUGGUUAUCUCCAAAUCACUCCAACUUCCGGGACAGGAGCUGCGUUGAUUGUGACCCCUUUACUCAACACCAGUACUCCGCUAGAAGCGUGGAGAAAUCUAGAUGAGCCCAGCACCGACCCUCUCUAUUACGGGAGUCAGACUUUUGAGGGCUUCUACGAAUGGCAAACCCAUAGCAAAGCGUAUGCGGACAACGAAUGGUCCAAUGUCACGCCCUGGAACGAGCCGAGCUCCAAAACCUUGAAGCCAGGUCAGUCGGCUACGUAUGGACUGCGAUUCUCGGUGGUCAAAUCGGGCAUUCGCGGUAUCCAAAAGGCAGUGCAAUCGACCAAUACACCCGUCGCCAUUGGCAUUCCGGGGUAUGUCGUUCCUGUGGACCUAACCGCCCAACUGUACGUCUUCCACACGGAUAUCUCCAAGGUGGAAUCCGAACACGACGCCUUUAAGAUUGCCCACGUGUCGAACGGCACUCUGAGUCUGACUCCCACUGGAUCUGUUUGGGGCCGAACCAAAGUAACCAUCACAUACACAGACGGCAAGGUCCAGACAGUCCACUAUUUUAUCACCGAUUCUGCGCCCACAGUCAUCAGCAAGCUCGGCAAAUUCUCGACGACGUCCAUGUGGUUCGACGACAAGACAGACCCCUUCGGCCGAGCACCAUCAGCCUUGACAUGGGACCAUUCUAUCGGAGCGCAAGUCUUGCAAGAGCCGCGCGUCUGGAUCUCAGGGCUCAGCGACGAAGGUGGUGUGAUCUACCUAGCAACCGCCAUGAAACAGUUCGGUCUCAGCGACGCCUCGGAAAUAGCGAAAUUGGAGCAAUUCGCCACUGAGGUCCUAUCGAAGAAGAUUCAAAACACUGAUUUUACCGUCCGCAAGAGCAUCUUCUUUUAUGAGCCCGACCAAGUCCCUAGGUACCAGUAUGACCAGUCCAUUAAUUGGGGCAACUGGUGGUCGUGGAACAAAAAUGCGUCGUAUGCGACAGAUCGCGCGUACGAUUAUAUCCAUGUCAUUGGAGCAUAUUGGGCACUUUAUCGCGCGGGGAGAGCCGAUCACGAGCUUCUGAAGGUGAACACCUGGCAGUGGUAUCUCAGUCAAGCGUACAAUACCACGGUCGCGUGUUUUGCGACAGACGCAGAUGGCAAUGGACUGGUCGGAUACUCGCGCUUGGGGCUAAUGGGAGAGACUGUUGUUGGGGAGCUGCUCGCGGAUCUGCGGCGCGAGAAUUGGACCAGUGAGGCUGAUGCGGUAGAAGCGGCCAUGAAGCUCCGAGCGCAUGACUGGGACAAUGAGACCGUGCCCUAUGGUAGUGAAAUGGCAUGGGACUCCACGGGCCAAGAAGGAAUCUAUUACUGGAGCAACUAUUUCAAUCUUGCCGAGACCGCAACGAAAACCAUCAACAGCAUCAUCGGAUACAUGCCGACGAUUUCACACUGGGGCUGGAACGGCAAUGCUCGAAGAUACUGGGAUUUCAUUUACGGUGGCAAAUUGCAGCGAAUCGAGCGCAUGAUCCACCACUACGGCUCAAGCCUCAAUGCACUCCCACUACUCACCCAGUUCCGCCAGAAUUCCAGCGACAGCUAUCUUCUGCGCGUUGGAUACGGUGGCAUCCUCGGUCCACUGAGCAAUAUCCGGCAGGAUGGAUCCAUGUACAAUGGCUUUCACUCGUUUCCCGAUACCCUUCGAGGAGACGAUUACUCGGGAGACUAUGGCCCAAACUUCCUCGGCAUGAUGAUCGGGUCGGGUGUUUAUGUUGUGCACGAUCCAGAUGUCGGUCUGGUGACAUACGGUGGAAACAUGGAUGUGUCCGGUAGUACUGUCACGGUUCAGCCCCGGGAUGCGGUGCGUCGACGUGUUUAUAUUGCGCAGAUGGGGGUUUAUGUCACGAUCAGUGCUGGACAGAUUGAGAGCUUUUCGUUCGAUACAUCCGAUCCAAUCUCAGUGAAGCUUCAUGUCGCACCGGGCCCGGCAAAAGCAUCCUCCACAAUCGUGUGGGUCGAAACGCCUGGGACUCCUGAUCAUUAUGUUGUUGCUGGCAAGACAGAAAAGCAGAGAGAUGGAUGGACGGUCGAGCUUGGUUCUGGAGGGACCGAUGUGACCGUGUCUAGGGCGUAG